AUGUUUGAUGCGAUCAUGGACGAGGAGGUUCAGGCCGAGCAGCCUUUGGCCGAGGAAGAAGAUGGAAUGGAGCAGCUCUUGGCCGAGGAGGGACUUGAAGCCGCGCAGCUUGUACCUGAGGAGAGCAUAGCCAUUCCAACUGGCCCAAUCACUCGUUCACAAACUAAGGCACUAAACCAAGUGAUUGGCAAAGUCCUUAGCUGUUUGAGUCAGCAAGAAGCCAAGCCAACUACUCUAGUUUGCUUGAAGGCCUUACGAAUGGAAUAA